GAUUUAUCGAAAAACAAGUUUACCGAACUUCCAAGAGAAAUCUGCGAUUUUUUCCUUCUCGCGGAGUUGAACUGUUACCAUAAUGUGAUACGCUGCUUCCCUGACUCUGUCGUUACUCUAAAAUCACUGACCUUCCUCAACUUAAGCCGAAAUCAGCUAUGCAUCAUUCCACCAGCAUUAUGUCAGCUCCCUCUUCAAGUACUUAUUAUCAACAACAACAAACUAGUUACUCUUCCAAAGGAGAUUGGCAUCAUGAAUCAGCUUAUGGAUUUGGAUGUGGGCUGCAACAAAAUUACAUUCCUGCCACCACAGAUUGGAGAGCUGGAGGCUUUGAGGUCACUUAAUCUACGAAGAAACUUCUUAACUCAAUUACCCCCAGAAUUGUGUGAACUUCAGCUAGUCAAAUUAGACAUUUCAGGCAACAAAAUUAGUUUCUUACCUAUACCUCUCUACUAUAUGACAUCUCUGCAACAUUUAGUGGUGGACAAGAACCCACUGAUCUCACCACUGUCUAUUUUAUGUGAGCGGGGAAAAGCUCACAUCUUUAAAUACCUUGAAGUGCAAGCCAACUGUAAGAGCAAGAAACAAAGAAUUUCACUGGAGUUGGAUUAUCAUCAGAGCUCUAAGAAAGCUAAUCUUUUUUCCAAGCUGCAAACAGAGAAUGGCUUUGAAGAUGGAAGAAGUAACCAACAUAUGUUUGAUUCACACAAGAAAAGCUGUCACUGGUCACAAGAUAAACUUUAUGACCCUGUACUAAAGUUAACCAAUGGUCAUUUGGUUGACUCUUUGAAGGGAAAAAGUAAGAAUAAUAUAAUUCCCUUAAAAGAGAAAAAUGACUGCAGUGAAACACAACAAAAAAGGUAUGUUCAAUUUCUAAGAAACAUUAAAGUUUAGUGAACUUUGAAUUAAGUUGUUAAUUAUUUUUUUGUUUUAUGCAUAAUUCCAUUUUCAGCUGAAAAUUACAAGUAUUUGAUAUGUGUCACCUAAUAUCCUAUCAUGUUCUUCAGUGUUUUAUGUUAUCUAUGUCUUAUCAUUAUAUCUCAUACAUAUAUUUUGUGUCAGCCAUAGCAGUUUAUAGUACAGGUACCCCUUGCACAAUAUAAAUUUCCAUACAUCUGAAUAAAAUUUUUACAUACUUAAGAUAUUUUAUGCUGUAACUAUCUAAUACCUAAAUUCAUCACUCUGGCAAAUAAUGAAGUCCAUCCUGUCCAAUGUAGUGUAAGUCAUUAUCGAUAAUAUUCAACAGGAAAGUCCUAUUUGAUACAGCUUAGUGAUUGUAAAAAUGUUUUUAAAUCAGAUAUAUUUAGUUUCAUUGACAAGUAUAUUGUGUAUAUGUAUUAACUGCAUUUUUGUUCUUAGUCAUUAGAAAGCCAUAAGUCCUUUCCUAUAAUUCCUUUCUCAUCUUUAAUAUGUAGAGAAGACAGCUAGGUGGCUGUCCAUAUGACUUUUUGUGAAAUAUGUUUGAACUUCCAAUAUCAAUGAUACUUAUUGUUAAAUAUACCACAAUUUGAAAUAUUUAUGAAUUUUUCUUGUGAUUUAUUCAUUUUAAUGCACACUACAUAACCAUUUAGCUAGCAUCUAAAACUUAUUUCUUAUUAAAAGUGUACAGAUUUGUGUAAUCUUUACAUGACUGAAGCUUUGCUUGUUAUAUGAUUCAGCAUCUUUGGACAGCUUUUCUAUAUAUACUGUGCUCUAAUUUUGUAUAUAAUUGUUAUUCUGAUUUACCAUUCAAUAUAUUGUAUGCAAAGCCAGGUGCAAGGUUCUAGUUCUGCCUUAGUCUUCUCAGAGAGCAGUUUCAGGCAGUCUUGUGCACAACUUUGCACAUAAACCUGCUCAUUGCUCUAACUGUAAUUCCUUAACAAAGGGAACUCCAUCAAUAUCAAUGUUGUAUUCGAGACCUCAGUGUCCAAGACCGAGACCUCAGGCUUCAAGACUGAGACCUUAGGGGUCAAGACCAAGACCUUGUAAUAAAUUACACAAUGAAAAAUAAAACAAUAAUAAAAAUAACAUGCAUCAAACAAACUUUAUCAAAAUCUUAACCACAAAUCUUUUACCCAUUAACCCCAUAGUCUUUGUUUUAACGUCUUUUCCAAUUAAAAAAUAAACAGUGAAAAAUAAAAUAGCA